AUGCCUCCGCCACCCAGAGCCAAGGGCUUGUCCGCGUCUGCUAUAUUGGGCGUCCUUUGUCAGGACAUACAUACGAUUUCACAUGCGGCUAGAAGGACGGGUAUGGCACGUUUGCGGACGCCAAUUCGCCUCUGUUGUUUGCAAGAGGUCCCGGCUACGGGACGAGAGGAGAGGGAGAGGGGGGCGCGUUCGACGGCACGGUGGCACGGUUAUGAUGCUAUGUAUAGUCGGGGGUGUGGCGACAAGGAAGAAGAAGAAGAAGAGACGGACAGAGCGCUGACAAACAUGAUCGAUGCCGCCACCGGCCGUCGCGCCGUUGGAAGAGCCCGAGCGAACGCCGGGCUUCCUUUCGGGUGUGUGUGA